AGGCCAGUUCCUGUUUCAAUGUGAAGAAGAACAGAACAGAUGAAUUCAGAGGAUGAAGGUGGUCGGCCGUGCUGCCUGUCUCGUGGUCUGGAACUUUCUCUGGAUGUUAGCUUCUGCAGAAAAAGAUGCUGAGGUGUUCUGUGUUUUUAUGGAGAGCUGCAUCUUACCGUGCAGCUUCCAGGGCGGCACUGAUGCAGUCAUCCACUGGACUCGGGUGACAGCAGGAAACUCCUGUCCACUCCUACUAUAACAACCAGACCAGCUGGGACACCAGGCCAGCCUUCAGAGGCAGGACAUCACUGUUCAAGGACCAGAUCUCUGGAGGAAACGCCUCGCUCCAGCUGACUGGGGUCCAGGUUCAGGAUCAGUGCAGAUACAAGUGCUACACCAGCAUCAUCAGAGGCAACAAGGCGUCAUUUAUCAACCUACAAGUGGACGCUCCGGUCCAUAAAGUCCACAUGGAGCAGGAAGAAAACAGGAUCACCUGCAGCUCAGAGGGGAUCUACCCUGAGCCUGAACUCACCUGGUCCACCAGACCUCCGUCCAACGUGGCCUUCAAGAACACAACCAGAGUCCAGCAGACUGAACAGCUGCUCUACAACAUCUACAGCUCUCUGAUACUUUCAGACAGGGUUACUGAUCUGGUCUACAGCUGCACCGUCAGCACUCGCAGGAACAGGAGGAGAGCCACUUUGAGGGAACUGACUUCUCUCGGUGGUUCCAGCUCUGACACAACAAUCCCCUGCUCUGCCUCAAACACUUCCCUUCUGAACUUCAGCCUCGUCUGGAGAUUCAACCACAGUCAGAUCAUCCUGAACCGGACCAGGACCAGCGUCCCUUACACAGUCUCAGAGGAGUGGAGGCAGCAGGUGAAGGGUGUGUCUGAGUCAGGCAGCCUCACACUACAAGACUUGUCUUUGAAACAGGAGGGGAUAUACACCUGUGAACUCAGCGAUGACGAGGAGACAAACAUAACCCACAUCCUGCUGAGGAUAGAGGAAGGGAGUCAAACCGGUGUCACACGUGUUAUUGUAGGUGUGGCGGUUGGAGCCAUUUUGUUUGUAGUUCUAGCAGCAGUCCUUGUUGUAGGCCUAUUGUACUGCAAAUGUAAAAAGAGAGAGAGGAAGAAUGGCAGACAGGGUAGUAUGAACCGUAUCGAAUUGUUUGCAGAAAGUCAACUUGUAGAAAUAUGAUGGAAGAAGCAAACGUCUGACUCGAUAAUGAACAACUGAGUAACUUCAAGAUCCACCAACCAACUGCUGCAGUGAAAUCAAGGAAAUGGUGCAGAAGGAUGGGAGCUGUUGCUCGUCUCUACAGCACAUCCGUGGCCCUAUUUUACUGCCUAUAAAUUAUUCUGCUGUAUACUAUGUCCUGUGCAAUUAUUGGUGUAUUUCUACACCAUGCUAAAAAGGUUUUAUAUUUAUUCCUAUUUUUCUUUUUUUAUUUAAUGUGUAUUAUGUGUGUAUUUAUUUAAUGUUCUUAUUUAAGCUACCCGGUGCAAGAUCAAUAUAGUCUAAUCUAUCACAAGCAUGACUGCAUGUGAGCAAAUCUUCCAUUGAGAAAUUAAUGAGAGAUGGACAAGAAGUGAAAUCUACGCAAAUCAAAAAGAAAUCGUGUUUUCAGAUGAGACAAAAGUCACUAGAACCUCUGAAGGUGGUUCUGGGAUAUCAGAGGUCUUUGUCAAUUGCUAAGUGGUUAUCCAACGGAGGUUGAGGGCAAGUGGACUUGGUUGAAGAAACUAGAAGAAGACUUUUCGUCCCUCAUCCAAGAGACUUCUUCAGUUCAGACUGACUGGCUAUUUAACCUCUGUGGGAUCGUUAGCUAAGAUCGUCUAUACCACUGGUUCAUUAGUGCUCCUGGCUGUGGCAACGACCGUCGUCAUGGUCGUUAGAGCCACCCGUGGCCGAGUCUGAACGACCAUCAUUGGCAUCUUCACCUGAAGCCAAGAGGAAAGGCUUGUUUAGUUUCCAGGAAGUGAUGAAAGGACCGCAUUGUAAUUGGGGGAUAAGUGUUGGCGUAGACCCCCUCCUCUGUUCGGUGACGGCUUCUCGACCCUCUCUCCUCGUCCCCUGUAAUGUUGGUCUUCUUCCUGUCCUUUCAUCACUUCCCAGGAUACUGAACAAGCAUUUCCUCUUGGCCUCAGGUGAAAAUGCCAAUGACGGUCAUUCAUUGGCUCUAACGGCCAUAACGACUGUCGUUACCACAGCAGAAGCCCUAACGAACCAGCGGUAUCGACAAUCCUAGCUAACGAUCCUACAGCCAGUCAGAACUGAAGAAGUCUCUCGGAUGAGGGACCAAACGUCUUCUUCUAGUUUCUUCUACAAAGUCCAGUUGCCCUUGAACUCAACCUUCGUUGGAUAACUAUGACCUGGAUGACUGAGAACAUUCACGGACAUCUUGCUAAGUGGUUGUGACCAGGUGGCUGUUUAUAUAAAAUCAAAACGUGUAAGCUCAGUAAAAGUUAAUUUCAUGUAAGAGCUGUUUUAUUGGGUUGACAUCUUCAGUGCAGUAUGUGGUUGCAAUGGAUUGAACAGCCUGUAUUGAAUAAAGCAGACACUGAGUGUAGCUGCUGAUUAUUCCUCAAAGGUAAGCUUGUGUUUUUGUUGAGAUAUUUGAGGAUGUAAAAAUGAAACGUUUUCUUCAGACUUUGUGAUUUUUGACUUUUGAAUGUGUAAAAAAUUUUGCUGUGUUGAUGCAACAUA